GCCGGGUCGAUCAGAUUGCUGACCGUUUGUAACGGCGACCGCCCCCAACUCCAGCAUCACCAGCAAUACGGAGUACGGAGUAUACGGUCUACUUAAGCAGCAUGAUCGGCAAGUGUUGGGCGGGAUACGAGUCCUCCAGGGUAGUGUUAGUGUUCGCUAUAUACUAUACUAACUAGUACAUAUAAUAUAUAAUUGCAAUGGCGCAUCUCCCCCGCCUGGCCCGCCCGAUCCACCCGAUUCGCACGGGCUCCCCCUCCUCCAUCCGCCACUCGUCCUCGCAGACCCUCCGCAUCCAGAAGACGCCAACGCCGACUCCCCUGCCCGAUGCCGGCGACCUCCAAUUCGGCCGGUCCUUCACAGACCACAUCCUCACCUUUCCCUGGACCGCCCAAGCGGGCUGGACCACCCCGGCCAUCACCCCCUUCGGCCCCCUCCCGCUCUCCCCCGCCGCCAGCGUCCUCCACUAUGCCUUCACCUGUUUUGAAGGCAUGAAAGCCUACAAAGACCGCGAGGGCCACGCGCGCCUCUUCCGCCCCGCCCUCAACCUGCAGCGCCUCAACCGCUCCGCCGCCCGCCUCGCCCUGCCCACCUUCCACGAAGGCCAGCUCCUCGCCCUGCUCGCGCAGUACGUGGAUCUCGAGAAGCGGUUCAUCCCCGCCCGUCCGGGCUACUCCCUCUACCUCCGGCCCACCCUGAUCAGUACGGAGGCGAGUAUCAGUGUAUACCGUCCGCAAUCGGCCCUGCUGUACGUGAUUGCCAGUCCGAUGGGGAAUUAUUUUCAGCACGGCCAAGUGCGCGCAGUGCAGUUGCUGGCCACCCGCCACCCGGUGCGGGCCUGGCCCGGCGGGGUGGGCGAGUUCAAGGUCGGGGGCAAUUAUGCGCCGGGGAUUGUGCCGCAGGAGGCAGCGGUGGCUCAAGGGUUGGAGCAGAAUCUGUGGCUGUUGGGGGAGAAGACAGAAGGAGGGGAGGAGGAGUAUGUGACGGAGGCGGGGACGAUGAAUAUCUUUGUGGUGUGGCGGAAUCCCGAAACGGGUCGGAGGGAGUUGGUGACGCCCCCCUUGGAUGGGACGAUUCUGCCCGGAGUGACGAGGAGGAGUAUUCUGGAGUUGGCCCAGGAGAGGCUGGCGGGGGAGGGCGUGGAGGUGAGGGAGGCGCGCAUUACAAUGAAGAGUUUGGCAGCGGCGUCGCGGGAGGGCCGAUUGUUGGAGGUGUUUGGGGCCGGGACGGCGGUGGUCGUCACUCCAGUCCGGUCGAUUCAGUGGAAGGAUCAGACGAUUGAUUGUGGACUGCGCGAGGGUGAAGAAGCCGGUCCGGUGAGUUUGAAGCUGAAGACGUGGAUUGAGGAGAUUCAGUAUGGAGUGGUGGAGCAUCCGUGGAGUUAUCGAGUAUAAGGUGAGAGAGACGCAACACUCAGCAUCGCAGCAGAUGGAGAGUUGUAGAGGGGCGUCCCAGUCAAGCAGGAUUUAAUAAAAUAAUAAGAUCAAUCAUCAUAGCCUCAUCUCACGGUAUGCUUUCGCUAGUGAGAAUCGGAUGUCAUCAAACUUCGUACUGUAUAGCAUGUGUCCAGUGACUCCCACUCUGUACUGGUGAUUAUACUGGCCUGCACUGGGAGGUAAACAGGGUGGGACGUGGUCGAAUGCUAAAGGCAGUGGAGGGGUGUUGACAGAUUCUCUUCGAAACAGUGUCAAUCUGCUUUAGGGCUAUCUAAAACCACGUUGGCGUCUACCUCUACAUACAAUAAUCAUUAUGCAGAGAGUUCAGAGAAGGAGACAUACG